CCCUGAUUCCCAUUCUACAAUGCGCUACACUUUCACCGUUGCAUAUCCAUGUAUGGGGACAAUGUGAGCUGCGUGUAGUGUUCUCUGGUGUCAGAAAUUGUCCCAGUCAAGAGAUACUAUAUCAAUUAGCAUAGCGUCGUAACACGCAGUGUUCUCUAGGCUGAGAUAUUCACAAGUUGUGUCACAACUAAGAUACUUUCCCAAGUUGUAGCGUGCUACACCUGCUGUCGAUUCGGCUUUGCCUUGGAGUGGAGCUGCAGAGGACAGGAUUAGCAGCAACGGAUUCCUAGACAGCUUGCAUGUGGAACAGUUAGCCCCGUCUCGGUUGCUGGCGGAACGCGCUCCAUUCCGGGACGCAUAAGCAGCGCGUCGCUGUUGGGCGGUACAUCUCAGUGCAUGUGCAUGUGUGGGUGGUGCGGCAGUCACCACCAUGCCGGCCGUCCAGUCUCCAGACGACAAGAAGAAAAAGCUGCGAAAGCAGACGUCCAGCGGGUUCCUGGAUAGGCUGCGACGGAAAAACACAAAAAGCAACCUAAACGUGCCUGACACUCCUCGGGAAGAAGACGAGGAUGCCGGAAAUGACCUGCCCUACACUGAAUCCUCCCCAGCACUGCUUGAGAGGCCCGACAAUGAAAUACCUCGUCGCACAGACAGCUUUUCUCGCAGCCCAAACGUACCCGACAACCAUGAUGAUGGAAUCCGUGAUCAACGGCAGCGCUCUGGGUCGUUGCUACGAACCAGUCCGGCAAAGGUCCCACCUCCUAGCGAGGAGACGUUCCCACCGCAGCUCAAGCCACUCACUCUACAACACGGCGAGCCAAUGUCAACCUUGAUUCAAGGCUCCUUCCCGUGGCAAGUUCAGUUCCUGGGAACAAUAGCCGACUUGGAAGACUGGCGGGUGGCUUCGACGCGUAUGGAGCUACUGGAAAUGGUCGACUAUGCUCAGCAUAAAGAGUGCUUGCUAACCAAGGCCUACAAGUCACAGAAGCUCCACAUCUCGCCACUGUGGCUGAACGUCACUGAUGAUGACAACAAGCACUUGUUGGCGCGCUGUGAGUUGAAGCUGAUUGGUAGCGUGGGCUAUGUUCAAGAUGACACGGAGCAUGUGCUGGUCAUCAAGUGUUGUCAGGCACCGCUCAUUGAGUGCCGCUGUCUAGUCUUCAAGAUCGACACUGAGAACAACGCACGGCACAUAUGCAGUACGAUCAAGAAUGCAUUCGAGCUCCACAUUGGCCAGAUCCAGUCUGAAAUGCGCGCCCUGGAGGCGGCGGCCAGACUGCAGUCGCCAGACGGCAAGAACAAGGUGGCAUCGGCGCCCAACAUCAGUGCCAUGGCACGCACAGCAUCGCGCGUACACAUUCGCAAGCCCACCGAGAGGCGAGCGGGGUCGGACACCGAGCAGCGCAGACAGUCCGCGCAUCACAGCUCGUCGGACACCGAGAGCCUCCACCAGUCCACCACCAUCCUGGAGCAGCCCAAGCUGCCGCUGCAGAUGUACCGCCAGAAAUCCAAGACGUCUUUUCCGGAUAUGCAGGCUGUGGCCACCGCCACUACACCUACCGGUGCUGGACUAGGUGCACGCAAGAAGUCACGUACACAAAUGCUUGCGCAAUCCCAGCGAGACAGCAGCGAUUCAGACUCGGUCGCCCACUACAAGGCGGCAAAAUCCAAAUCAUCCGAGUCGCUACGUAGCCCGAUGGGUGCCGAGGCUGGUAGCAGGGACGCGUUCGAUGGCGGCCACUCCAGACACGGCAGUGAUUCGCUGGCCCAGUCAUCGGCCAGUGUUCAGCAGAAACUGGGCAGUCUGCCAAGACCCCCAGUCAUCCAAACGGAACAACACUCUGACGGCAUGAGACGACGGCUGUCCACACUCAGUUUUCUCUCUAAGGACCCAACCUAUGCAUAUGUAUCAAGUCGUUCCAUUACAUCAGGCAGAUCCCGAUCGGCCGAUGAUCUCUUCUCACUCAAGUAUUCAGAGAUUGGGGAACACAAAGAAGAAAGAAGCUCUAAGGGUAUUGAUCCGUAUGCCACAUACGCCAAGUCAUCCAAACAGGUCACUCAUAUUUAUGCUCGGCCGCACAAGGAUAGACAGACCAUAGUGCCUGCGAGAAAGGUGAGCCAGUUCGAUCCCUACUCGAACAUCGAUGAAGUGAAACUCGGCCUCACCUGGGCAAGUCCUCCGGUGCAGCGAACGAAACAAGAGCAGCAGCAGCCAGUUCCGCCACUCACACCGCGCCCCACACUGGCACGAUCGAAACAAGGCCUAGCAAGUGCCAGCUCGGAAUCGCUGACUGGUGGGAGAUCGAUUCCAUCCUCACCGGCUGUCAUAACACCCAUUACAUCACCAACAACACCGGUGCUAGCAGAUCAGGCACAGAGGAUGCUAAGCGACAAUGAUCCUGCAUACUCGGUGCCAGUUCCAGUCGCUACGCUUGUUCAUUCCUUGCCACCAGCUGCACCACCAGCACCACCAGCACCACCUGCACCAUCAACAGGCCCACCAAUCCCACCGGCACCACCAGUACCACCUGCUGUUCCGGCAACAGUUGAAUCAAUACGGGUUGUUGAUACUGUAUCAACAGGAACAGCACCACCCCCGCCUCCAUCUUUAGGACCACCAGCAGCAAUACCUGCAUCUCCACCAGUGGCUCCACGUCCUACAGAAUCCCUGGUGGAGACAGAAUCAUCUACAGAGUCAACGCCGCCUGCCCCGCCUGCCCCACCGCGACCUCCCUCCAGUCUGACAGGGAAUUCAGGACCUCCUCCAGCACCUCCCCUAACACUGACCCUUGAUUCCGGCCCACAGUCAAUGUCAAUACCUGCACCACCUCCGCCACUACCCGCAGGCCUUCUUUCAACCGGUCCCCCGGCGCCACCAAAGCUGCCCCAGGCGAAGGAGACAACCACCACCACAUCGAACAUUCCAGCGCCUCCGCCACCAAAUCUUCUAUCCACUUCAGGAUCUCCACCGCCACCACCACCACCACCACCACCACAAGGAAGUGGCUCAAUUAAUGCUCCACCAGCACCAGCAGCACCAGCACCACCACCAGCAUCAUCAGCAGCACCAGCACCUCCACCACCCCAGUCCAGCACUGCAGCAGGUGCUCCCCCACCGCCUCCCCUACCAAAGGGACUCCUCUCUAAAGGUGGGCCAUCGCCAAAGAAGCCUGUCGGCCUUGCAUCAUCACCUCUGGCUGCUGAACAGGUAGCUGUGGCAAAUGCAACUUCUCCAUCAGCAGCAGCAGCAGCACCCCCACCACCUCCUAGCCUCACUGGUGGUGCUCCUCCGCCAGCACCUCCGCCACCACCCAACCUCUCCAGUGGUUCUCCUCCACCACCACCCAACCUCUCCAGUGGUUCUCCUCCACCAGCACCUCCACCACCACCCAACCUCUCAGGUGGCGCUCCUCCACCAGCACCUCCGCCUCCACCCAGCCUCUCAGGUGGCGCUCCUCCACCAGCACCUCCUCCACCACCCAGCCUCUCCAGUGGUUCUCCUCCACCAGCACCUCCGCCACCACCCAACCUCUCCAGUGGUUCUCCUCCACCACCACCCAGCCUCUCAGGUGGCGCUCCUCCACCAGCACCUCCACCACCACCCAACCUCUCCAGUGGUGCUCCUCCACCAGCAUCUCCUCCACCACCUGACGUGGCCUCUACAGGUCAAGCAGCAGCACCGCCCGCACCAAUGCCCUCGGGUGGAAGCAACAUUCCCCCUCCCCCACCAUUGCCAACUCAAGACCAACUUGAUGGCAAGGUACCAAUAGUGCCGAAGAAGAAGGAAGAAGCAAAGGAUGCGGGACCGAAGACUAAGUGGAUUGAAGAACAAUACUCCGAGUAUGAAGAUGAGGAAGUCUCAGAUGAAGAAGAUCCUAACUUGAAGAAGGUAAUCAUGGAAGAAACUGAAGGCUACAUAUGGCAAGUUGAAGCAAACUUGGGCCAGGUAGGCUUCAACCAGUUCCGCCAGCUGAUGGAUAGAUACGUUGAUCGCAAGGCUGAUUCCAACAUCAAUGCCGUGUGCCGUUCACUCAAAGUGCAGCUGAGAGGAGACCUGCUGUAUCUCCGUAAGGGUGCACUGAGAAUGAUCCGGAAAGAGGACCGUCAGACUUACAUGGAGAAGAUGGAUGUGGAGGCGCUUCCCCGAAUGACGACUGUGCGCAAACGGCGUCUCAUUCGCACCAAGAAACGCGAGGUGCCCAUCGACCAUCCUGGUCCUGAGCCACUGCGCCGCAACACUAUGACUAACAAGACAGGAAAACCCGGCAUCAAGUCAACUCCUUCAUCGGCACAGUUUGAGGGCAUUCCAAAGUCAGCCAAGGGAAUUGUUGCUACCGACACAUCCAGCAAGGACUGGAAAGAGAAAGUUCUGGGAGCAAAGAAGGCCAAGAAAGCCGAGGAAGAAGCCCAAAAGCAACUCAAGCAGCAGCAAGACAAGGAGAAAUGGGACUCUGUCCCUGCGUGGAAACGCAAACUGAUGGAGCAGAAAGAAAAAGAGGCAGAGGAAAAGAAUAAGCCCAAGGCCAUGGCCGUCCAGCAGAAGAAAGAACUCCAGGCCAAGAUUUCUGCAAUGGCUCCCUGGAAACGGGAACUGUUCAUCAAAAAGCAUGGCUUGGAAGGGCAGUUCGAUUUCUAAAUAUUGUCAGCCUGUGCUGCGUGGCAUUCUUAUCCUGUGGCAAGGUCUGCUUUGAGACAAACACUUUGAUCAGAGUAUUUUACAAAAAAAGCUGCCCAUUGACCAUCCAUGGUCUAUAGAGAAUUAGCGUGCAUCAAAGCAGCUUGUGUGCUUGCAUGCGCUCAAUCACUAAUUGCAUUGCUGCUUUCAUGAGUUGAAAUCUAGUACAUCGAACUAUGUUUGUGUGCUUAGUGUAAGAGUUGGUUGGUGUCGCCGGGUUGCGGCUCUCUCGCAUUGAGUACUAUAACGUUAGUAUUACUAAUACACGAAAAUUGCACUGGAACAAUGGUCAUGUGACCCUGUCAGUUAGUUAUACUGUUCGCAAAUCACAAUACUGUGGCACACAUACAUAAUUAUAGAGUUUAUUAUUAUUAUUAUUAUUUAAUAUCAGGAUAUGCCGUGUUCUGCUUAGAUUGUACAUACAACUGACCUUCUGUUUCCUGUGUAGUGAUGUGAGAACAAUUUUUUUAAAAUAUUGAUUAUGACCGAUGGAAUACCGUACUUUGGUCAAGAUGA